AGUCAAAAGCUUGAAGCUGCACUUCCAAACCUCUCAUUCUGAACCAAGCCUCUGAGACUGCCAGUGCAGCUUUCAGACGGUCAAUUGCUUUUCGCUCAAUAGUCAGGGGAACGGCUGUCCUUCACCUGUACUCACGGGCGAUACUUACGUCCAGAAAAAAAUCGAGCUUCUUUUUGAAACUCCUCACCAAUUUAAAGUCUAGCCAGGCAUGUCGACUUUUGGCACCCUCUUUCGUGUCACGACCUAUGGCGAAUCGCAUGGCGCUUCUGUAGGGGCUAUCAUCGACGGCUGUCCUCCUAAUAUGCCCCUAGAACCGCAAGACAUCCAGAUUCAAUUGAAUCGUCGUCGUCCCGGUCAGAGUAAACUUACCACUCCCCGCGACGAGAAAGAUCUCGUCCAACUCCAGUCCGGUAUCGAGGGCGAUCGAACCUUGGGCACGCCCAUCGGUCUCUUGGUUCACAACGAAAACCACAGGGCCAAGGAUUACUCUGAGACGGACCUGUAUCCUCGUCCUAGUCACGCCGAUUGGACCUAUCUCGAGAAGUACGGUAUCAAGGCCAGCAGUGGAGGCGGACGUAGCAGCGCUCGAGAGACUACUGCUCGAGUCGCUGCUGGUGCCAUAGCCGAGAAAUACCUCAGACUGACCUACGGUAUCGAAAUUGUCGCCUUCGUCUCUUCAGUUGGCGAUGCCCAUCUUUCAUCCUCCGUUUCCGACGAUGAUUCGGAGGAAGAGGUCCUCAGCUCCGAAUUCAUCAAUUUCUUGAAGAUGGUGACUAGGGAAGACGUGGAUAGGUAUCCGACUAGGUGUCCUGAUGAUCACACCUCCGGGAUGAUGACCGAACGUAUACUUCGAGCCAAGAAAUCACAAGAUUCCGUCGGUGGUACCGUCACCUGUGUCAUCCGAAAAGUCCCCUCUGGAUUGGGUGAACCCGUCUUCGACAAGCUGGAAGCCAAACUUGCACAUGCCAUGCUUUCUAUCCCUGCUACCAAAGCUUUCGAGAUUGGUUCUGGGUUCAGAGGGACCAAAGUUCCCGGAAGCAAGCAUAACGACGCUUUUGUCUUGAGGGAAGACGGAUCUAUGGGCACGAAGACGAAUUGGAGUGGAGGAGUCCAGGGUGGAAUUUCCAACGGGGAGGACAUUUACUUCAGGAUCGGAUUCAAACCUACUGCUACCAUCUCUCUACCUCAAGAGACUGCUCAGUACGAUGGUACACCCGGUAUUUUAGCUGCCCGCGGACGUCAUGAUCCUUGUGUCGUCCCUCGUGCAGUUCCCAUCGUAGAAGCUAUGGCGGCUUUGGUUAUCAUGGAUCACGUCCUCAUACAGAAUGCUCGCAAGAAAGUUACGACCCUCCCUCCCAUAAUCGUAGAACGUCCCAUUCCCAUACCAAAACCUCCCACGGUACAACCUCCCAUAGUAAAACCUCCUCCAAGCAAGUUGCCCUCCCUAAUCCUAUUCAUAAUCCGAGUAGUGCACUUCUUAGGACGAUUCCCAAUCCGGGUAGUGCGCUCUUUACGACUAUUCAUCAUACGAGUACUACAAGCAGUAAUCCUACUGUUAAAAGAGGUCGGUGAUGUGGAGGGGUAGACACUCGGGCGCUUUCACUGUUCUAUGCUUCUGACGCGUCUCGCGUAACGCGUUGUUGCAUCGCUUUGUGUUCUAUCUACAAUGUAUACCACUGACUUCGUUUGCUUACCAGUAUCGCUUACGUUUGCAUCCGCCGCGAUAUGGUUGACCUUCACUAAGUCUUUUUUUUUUUUUUGGAUGGAGUACAGUCAUUUAGUGCUUACUGUAACAGCAUCAGCCAAUGUAACGCAUUUUGACUUCAAGAUGGGCACGCUAAUUGAAUACCUGCGGGAACAAUCGCAAAUGAAAGAAGGUAUUCUAUUUCACUACCAUUCAGCUUGGAAAUACCAUCCAGAAUGGUAGGAUCAUGAUAGCAUACCUAUAGAGCGUGUGUGAAAUUAUUUGAAGAAUUGGGAACAGUAAGUUCCCGGAAGUGAAGACAAUGAUGCUUUCUUCAAGAGGGAAGAUGGGUCUAUGGGCAUGAAGACGAAUUGGAGUGGAGGAGUCUAAGAUGCAAUCUCUAAUGGGGAGGACAUUUACUUCAGCUGGGGUCGGACUCGAGUCCCCUGCUACGAUCUCUUAAGCUCAAGAGACUGCUUAGUACGAUGGUACACAUGGUACUUUAGCUG